AUUCCUCCCUCCUUUUGAUCAGCCGAUGCUAACAGAGAUGCUCACUCAUAGCAUGCCUUCAAUGUUGUCGUCUGCAUCACCCCCUCGAUCACCGAUUCCAACCUUGAAUGAUUUCUAUGAUUCUAGUCGAUCCCCAGACGACAGCGACUCAACGGCCUCCACAAGGACUCGCUCACGGACCCCAGAAACACUGCCACUAGACCACAGCAACAGCAGCAGCAGGAGCUUAUUAAAAAGGAAGCGCCACGGUAUCUCCAGCCAGGGAAAUACGGCUACAGAGUCCUCUGAAAUCAAGCAAGCGACAAAGCGUCCCCAACGCACACGCUCAAACAGCAUCUGUAACCCAAGUCUCACGGCAGAUCAGGAUUGUAUGCCGGACCCAGGCUCGGAGUCAGUUUCGGACUCUUCGCAGGAAAGGAAUACUAGGGCGACCAGCAAAUCAAGAUCCACCAGGAGCCGGUCAUCAACAACUGCACCAAAGCCAACAAGGACGGUUCUCUCACAUAAGAAGAUGUACGCCUGUCUGUAUCCUGGAUGCGAGAAGUCUUACACAAAACCCUCACGACUCAAGCAACACGAACUUGUGCACACAGAUGAGCGUCCGUACCGAUGUUACGAGCUAGGAUGCACCAGUUCAUUCCGGAGAGAAGACCAUCUUGCAAUUCAUAUCAAGGGCCAUGGUUCCUCACGAGAGUUCCGGUGCUUUCAGCCCGGAUGUACAAAAGCCUUUUACACUCAGGACAAACUCACACGCCAUCUCAAAAGUCAUGAUAGUUUUGUCGUUCCUCCUGAAACGACAGCGACAGUGAUGGCAUCAUCGGCUCAAACAGUAACUGGCACCAUGGAUAAUGAUAUCAAAUCGGAAGAUGGCAAUUCAGGACAAAGGCGUAUAUCAUUGAGUUCAGACGCUAUCCAACGGUUGGCGGAUCAAAUUGAGAAGGAGAAGCCAUACGUCUGUACAUGGGAAGGGUGCUUUAAGCGAUUCAAGAAGCAUCGAAAGCUGAAGACACAUGUUUGCAUGGUUCACGAGGGAUGUAAGCCAUACCCGUGCACAUAUGAGGGCUGCGAAAUGAGUUUUCAGACCCCCAGCAAACUUCAGAAGCAUCAACUUGGGCACAGUGAUGUGCUGAGAUAUGCAUGUGGAUAUCCGGGAUGUGGCAGCUACUUUACCAAAUGGUCUUUGCUCCAAAAACAUACAAAACUAUGUCACAAAUCCAUCCCUUGCUCCGUGUGUGGGAAGAUGGUUCCGAAAAGCAAUAUGAAAGCACAUGUCAAGACCCACGAUGCCUCUCGGCCUGUCGUUCCAUGCACCUACGAAGGAUGUACCAAAGUCUACUCAACGGAAUAUACACUAGCGACUCACAUCAAAUCCAUGCACAACAAGGACCCAGAUGCACCCAAGUUCAAAUGCGAGUAUGACGGCUGCAAUGUGGGGUAUGAAUACAAACAUGUCCUAGAGAGGCAUAUUCAACGCGUUCAUUUGGGCCCGAAAAUACCUCGAAAGAAGAGAAGCGACGCGAUCAUAUCCUCGGGUCCUCUGGACGACCUACUGGGGUUCACGCAGACUGAUGUCGUAGACAAGCUGCCCUAUGCCUGCAACAUUCUCGGUUGUGAACGGCGAUAUACCACAGAGAGACUGCUGAGGAGACAUUUGAGGAGUCAAGAACAUCGGACAGGCGACACGACGGGGGCCGAGGCGAUCCAGUCAAUGGAGGAGGCGGAGAACCAGGCUAUUCGGGAUAUUAUCGACAUGAGCCUCGAAGGCGGCGUUUGAUUUUGCAAUCCUGUACUUUGGAUCAUUUUGUAAUUCUAGGAACCAUGCGCAUUGGCAUUAUAUCUUGUACAAAUAUAAAUGAG